AUGCAAGGAGUCAACUCACCCCCGAAACACUCACUAUUCCAAACCUCGGCUCAGCUGAGGAGCGACCGUGACGUUCAGAAUUUGGUCAAGUACGAGCUGUUGAACUACAAGCACCUUUGCAGAGACCUCCUUCAAAGAGUCAUAGAACAUAAUCCUGCAGAUUCAACGGCAUUUCACAACCUGGGCCAUCUCCUGUCGGCCAGUGACGUGAUCCAGGUGCAGCUGCAAGGUGGACCCAGGGAGUUUACCAAGAAAGGUCUGCACUUGGAGUCCAUCAGGCUGGACAACGGCAAUGCACGUGCAUACAACAACCUGGGCAUUCUGCUGUCCGCCGACGAGGUGAUCCAGGUGCGGCUGCAAGGUGGACCCAGGGAGUUUACCAAGAAAGGUCUGUACUUGGAGUCCAUCAGGCUGGACAACGGCAAUGCACGUGCCUACAACAACCUGGGCAUUCUGCUGUCGGCCGACGAGGUGAUCCAGGUGCAGCUGCAAGGUGGACCCAGGGAGUUUACCAAGAAAGGUCUGCACUUGGAGUCCAUCAGGCUGGACAACGGCUGUGCACUUGCAUACUACAUGCUGGGCACUCUGCUGUCGGCCGACAAGGUGAUCCAGGUGCAGCUGCAAGGUGGACCCAGGGAGUUCACCCUGAAAGAUCUAUACUUGGAGUCCAUCAGGCUGGAAAACGGCUUUGCACUUGCAUACUUCAACCUGGGCACUCUGCUGUCGGCCGACGAGGUGAUCCAGGUGCAGCUGCAAGGUGGAUCCAGGGAGUUUACCAAGAAAGAUCUGUACUUGGAGUCCAUCAGGCUGGACAACGGCGAUGCACAUGCAUACAACCACCUGGGCACUCUGCUGUCGGCCGACGAGGUGAUCCAGGUGCAGCUGCAAGGUGGACCCAGGGAGUUUACCAAGAAAGGUCUGCACUUGGAGUCCAUCAGGCUGGACAACGGCCAUGCACGUGCAUACUACAUGCUGGGCAAUGCGCUGUCGGCCGACGAGGUGAUCCAGGUGCAGCUGCAAGGUGGACCCAGGGAGUUCACCCUGAAAGAUCUAUACUUGGAGUCCAUCAGGCUGAACAACGGCUUUGCACUUGCAUACUACAUGCUGGGCAUUCUGCUGUCGGCCGACAAGGUGAUCCAGGUGCAGCUGCAAGGUGGACCCAGGGAGUUUACCAAGAAAGGUCUGUACUUGGAGUCCAUCAGGCUGGACAACGGCUGUGCAAAGGCAUACUACAACCUGGGCCAUCUCCUGUCGUCCAACGAGGUGAUCCAGGUGCAGCUGCGAGGUGGACCCAGGGAGUUUACCAAGAAAGGUCUGUUCUUGGAGUCCAUCAGGCUGAACAACGGCUUUGCACGUGCAUACAUCAACCUGAGCACUCUGCUGUCGGCCGACGAGGUGAUCCAGGUGCAGCUGCAAGGUGGACCCAGGGAGUUUACCCAGAAAGAUCUGUACUUGGAGUCCAUCAGGCUGAACAACGGCUGUGCACAUGCAUACCACAACCUGGGCACUCUGCUGUCGGCCGACGAGGUGAUCCAGGUGCAGCUGCAAGGUGGACCCAGGGAGUUUACCAAGAAAGAUCUGUACUUAGAGUCCAUCAGGCUGGACAACGGCUUUGCAAUUGCGUACACCAACCUGGGCACUCUCCUGUCGGCCAGCGAGGUGAUCCAGGUGCAGCUGCAAGGUGGGUUUCGAGAGUUUACCAAGCAGGUGGGCGAGACGGCCAAGGCGGUGAUGCCGGACGAGAUCACGGAGCCACGCUUCCUGCAGGACUGGAAACAGGAGAUCCUCGAAGUGGCCGAAUAUGCCAAUGAACUUGGAUGUUUCCUCUCGGGAGGCGGCUCCGAGUCGCCGCAGGACUAUGUGGGACUUACCCACAACAACCUGCAGAUCGACAACGCCUUCUUCUGGCGAAACGAACAGAACGAGGUGGAAGUUGGUUUGUUGGAUUGGGGCAUUCUGGGUUGUGGUCCUCUGAGUGGAGCCAUGCAAGGCUGCAUUUCUGGUGCCUCCACUGAAGUCUUGCUGGAGCACCGAGAUGCCUUUCUGAGGGCCUUCAUCGACAGCUACGCGGAGAAUGGUGGGCCCCGAUUGGAUCUGGAGCGCUUCAAAACCAUGUCCAAUCUGCAGAUGUUGAUGUGGUCAAUGAACAUCACCAGCAAUGUGUCGCAGGUGUUGAAGUUCACCAAACCAGCGGAAUGGGCCGAGAUCAAAGAUUGGAUGGAUCCAAGGUUAUUGGAUCGUUUCCAGACCCGAGCCCACACCACGCAGUUUAAAGAAGCCUUGCAGCUCUACAAGAAGUGGAACCUCUAUGGCGUUUUCCAGAAAUGGAGGCAGGAAAAUGGCCUCCCCAAAAAGGGAUGACAAAGGGAUGACCAUGAUGACCAACUGCUCAGCAGAUGCACCAGUUUUCCGCAGGGAACCCGUGACGGGACAAUGCUCCCCGUCAGAAACGCAGGAUCUUUUGCGUGCCGCCGCAUGCUCCGCAGGUGGCGUAAGAAGUUGCAGCAAAUCUGUUGGGUGUGG